GUUUGGCGUUGAGAAAUGGCGCACCGACAACUGUCGCUGCCGCAGCAGCGGUUACUGCUGCUGCUGUUAGUGUUUCCGAUGCUACUUUCGGCCCAUUACCAUCAAAAGCAUCCGAUACGCCGGUACGAUAGCAACGAGUACGAUGAGGAUGAGUCGGUGCAAACGGUGGAGGAGGAUCCACCGUUCAACAACUUGCAGGAGGAAGACGCGUACCUGACGGUGCCCCAGCUGGUGUGGAAGUACGGGUACGAGAUCGAAAUCCACGAGGUGCAAACGGAGGACGGCUAUCUGCUCGAUCUGUACCGCAUCGCCGGCCGGCGAGCCGCAUCCGGCAAGCCGCCGCUCCGACCGCACCGCAACGCACCAAUAUUCCUGAUGCACUCGCUGCUGAGCAGCUGUGCCGACUGGGUGCUGAUGGGGCCGGGCCGGGCCCUCGCCUACCUGCUGGCCGAUGCCGGGUUCGACGUGUGGAUGGGCAACGCGCGCGGCACGCGCUACUCGCGCAAGCAUCUGCACCUCGAUCCGGACGCACGCGCGGGUGAGUUUUGGAACUUUUCCUGGCACGAGAUCGGGCUGUACGAUGUGCGCGCCCUGAUCGACCACGUGCUGAACGCGACCGGCGCCGCCCGGCUGCACUACGGUGGCUUUUCCCAGGGCACGAUGGUGCUGUUCGUGCUGCUGUCCGAGCGGCCCGAGUACAGCGCGAAGCUGAUCGACAUGCAGGCCAUCUCGCCCUCGGUGUACAUGUACCGGCUGGAGGGCCGGAUCGUGCGCACGUUCGUGACGCUGGCCGAUCCGCUGGUGGCCGCGCUGGACGCGGCCGGCCGGCGCGAGAUCCUGCCGAACCGCCGGUUCAUUGCGCCGCUGGUGAAGAUCGUGUGCGCCGAUGGGAAUGUGACCGUGUGCCGGGAGCUGCUGUACGACGUGGCGGGCAGGAACCCGGCCCAGGUGGACGAUCGAAUGCUGCGCAUCUUUCUCGGCCACUUCCCGGCCGGUGCAUCGCUCCGCCAGCUGCACCACUUCUCGCAGAUCAUACGGACGGCCCGGUUCGCCAAGUACAGCCCGCUGCGGAGCACUGGCCGGGGCGGCUUCCACGCAUCACCGCCCGCCCCGCUCUACAAUCUGACCCGUGCCACCGUACCGGUCGUGGUGUACUACGGGCUGAACGAUCAUGUCAUCAACUAUCGCGACGCGCUGCAGCUGGCCGACGAGGUGCCGAACCUGGCCGCCGUCCAUCAGAUCGCCGACCGGCACUUCACGCACAGCGAUUUCAUACUGGCCAAGAACUCGGCCCGCCUGCUCAACUCCAUUCUGCUGCAGGAGCUCGACCAGUACGAUCGGCGUGCCUCGCGCACAUCCGGGAGUUCACUGAUGCCCGGUUGUGCACUGAGACAAACCGUGUUUGCGUCGCCCUUCCCCUAUCGCGAUAUCGCACUGGCGAACGCACUGGCGCACACGCUUGUAUUAGAUCAGAAUUGUUGGCCAGUGUGUAGCGUAGUAGUGAAGCGGUUCUCCUUCCGAUCGGUUGUACUUACUACGGGGUUUGUCAGUAGUAGCAUGGCGUCCGACUUAGAACGUACGGUUGUGACACGCCGGUCCAUGAUAGCCGUCAUGCCGCUGACCCUGCUGCUGUCGUCGUCGCUGAUCGUGUUGCUCGGUGUAGCGCCCAGUGUCGCCGACGCAGCAUCUGCCGAGGUGCGCUCAGAGAAUGCCAACGACAUUGGCAGCUUUUUUGCGAUCGAUAUAGGGGACGGAGCGCUGAGUACGACGGAGCUGAUCACCAAGUAUGGCUAUCCGGUCGAAAGCCACGAAGCGACCGGUGCAGACGGGUACGUCAUUUCCCUCACUCGAAUACCGGCGCGAACGCAACGCCACCCGCGGCCGCUGCUGCUCGUGCACGGACUGCUCGCCAGCUCCGCCGACUACGUGCUCAUCGGGCCGAACAACAGCCUCGCCUACCUGCUGGCCGACCGGGACUACGACGUGUGGCUGGCGGAUAUGCGCGGCAAUCGGUACUCCCGGCGCCAUACGCGCCUCGACAGCGACUCGCACGACUAUUGGGACUUUACCUGGCACGAGAUGGGCUACUACGAUCUGCCCGCCGUGAUCGAGUACAUCCUGGGGCAGACCGGUGCCUCGCAGGUCGACUACAUCGGCCACUCGCAGGGCACGACCGUGUUCUUCGUGAUGGCUUCCAGCCGGCCCGAGUACAACGAAAAGAUUGGCCGCAUGUACGCGCUCUCACCGGCCGUUUGCUUGAAGCGCGUCCGCAGUCCGCCCGUCCAGUGGUUGCUCCAGAACAUAGACGCACUGCACGAGCUGUUCAAUGCGCUCGGCGUGCACCAGUUCCUGCCGCACCUGACCUCACAGUACGGUUUGGCCCGCCUGCUCUGCCCCAUGACCGAUCCGGAAAAUCUGUGCAUACAGGUAGUGAGCCAAACGGUGGGACCGAAUCCAAAGAUGGCCGACAUGAUGGCAAUGCAGAUCCUCGUCGGGCACGAUCCGGCCGGCGCCUCCAUCAAGCAGCUGUUCCACUACGCCCAGCUGCAGCGCACGGGUCAAUUCCGCCAGUACGAUUACGGUCGGCGCAACAAUACCCUCCGCUACAGCCACUGGAAUGCGCCGGCGUACAAUCUCAGCGCAGUUACGGCGCCGGUGACGAUCUUUUACGCGCAGAACGAUUGGCUGAUCGAUCCGCGGGAUGCGGUGGACUUUUCCAAGCUGCUGCCGACACCGCCGACCAUGCAUCUGGUGGAGGAUGCAAACUUCAACCAUCUCGACUUCACGAUUGCCAUCAAUGCGCGCCCGAUGGUGUACGAGCACAUACUGGCCAGUCUGGAGGAGCGGGAACGAUCGAACGAUAGUGGAAGGAAGCGGGCGAGAUAGGAUUGCAGCCGCCAAAUGUCGAAUGAUUAAGUGUAGAAGUAAAGAAAAUUGUGUUACAUCAAAGAAGUAGUACUCUUUGUU